AUGUAUCUAACUACUGCCAAUCUCUGGUUUGCCACCUGGCUCAGUGUCUUUUACUGCAUGCAGAUUUCCAACUUCAGCUGACCCCUCUUCUUCUGGCUGAAGAUGAGACAAUCAGGGUUCUGUGGAGUGAUAAUGGCUGCUUAUCCCUCUGGGCACUCUGUUUUCCUGAUUUUAGGCAAUCCGAAGAUGAAGAAAGCAGCAAUGAGGGCUCUAAACCAUGCCAAGUGCAGGCUGACAGAGGAGACUCCAUAA